GUUUUUACCUCUACUCCCCCCCCCCUUCCAACUCACUCGCUAUGGCAUUCAUUUGAUUUUUAUUUCGCCACUGAUUCGGAGUAAAGCGUACGCCUACAAAGUAAACGUUUACAUUUGUCAAUAAAGUUUAUUUUAUUGUAAUCAAAUUCAAUCGUAUUCAAGUGUUAACACGGCUGAAAGAAAACCUUGGACGUAAGUUAGGCGUAAUAACGACUUGGGGAAAUUUUUUCUAAUUUAAUCAUUGUUACGUCACAUCCGUUGGCGUCACGUGUAAAGUUGUGGCGCUGUAGUCUUUCUAUUUGGCGACAGCUACGCAUAUACACGGUUUCCGGGGAAACUAAUUCCAAGGUCCCAUUUGGUUUCGAGUGAGACACAAGAUAAUUAAAGCCAUGGUUAAAAACGAAGAUCUUUUAACGGAGCUCUUAAACAUUGACGUAUUCAAAGUCGGUAAUUUUAACUUAAAAACCGGUGGAGCAUCACCUAUCUACAUCGAUCUUCGACAUGUUAUAGCCUACCCUAAGAUAGCCCGGAAAAUCGUCGGAUCUAUAAAAUCCAAAGUAGACGAACUAAACAUCACAAUGGAUUUAGUGUGUGGAGUACCUUAUACAUCUUUACCAACUGCUUCUGUCUACUCAGUGCUGCAUGACAUUCCCUUAAUAAUGAAACGAAAAGAAGCCAAGUCAUAUGGGACCAUGAAACUUCUAGAAGGAAUCUACAAGCAGGGUGAUCGCUGUCUAAUUAUCGAAGAUGUAGUGGUCAGUGGUUCGAGUAUUAUAGAAACUGCUAGGGUUCUAAGAAAGGAAGGAUUAAUUGUUACUGAUUGUAUUGCUGUUCUUGAUAGAAACCAAGGAGGUAAAGUUAAUUUGCCCAAGGAAGGGAUUAGAUACCAUCCCUUGUUUGAAGUUUGCGACAUGUUUGAAAAAUAUUGUGACCUCAAAGAAGUUGAUGAUGCUUUAAUAUCGAAAGUAAAAGAGUAUUUAAGUGAUAACAAUUAUGUUCCUUUAAACCCAAAACAAUGUCCUGUUUAACUAAUAACCAUCAGUAGCUGCAUAUGAACGUUGAUAUUUUUAUGAAAUAAAAUUAUUUUUAAUACAA